AAUUCAGAUCAAAUGGUUUCCCCAUUUCGCAUUGACCAAAUCCGAAAAUGUUUUCUAUACCUCAAUCCACUCAACGACUAACCACAAAUCUAUUAACAAAUGAAACCAUAGCACGUUCGAUCAUCAAUUCCAAAAGGUUUAUCAGUUCAUCCAUCAGUUUACAUCAAGCAAGAGAAAGAAUCCGACCAGUUCAACCUGAUUUACCAAUCUGUCGACCAUGUUUAGGAAAAGAAAAUCGAUAUUUACCAGUUUCAUCUUUGAUUGGUGUGAAUCCUAGUUCAGUUUCUAUUGAAGAAGUUCAUAGGUAUCCUAUUCGGAUUCCUAGAGCUGCUGUGGAUCCUAAACUACUUAAAUCAACAGCUUUGGUUAAAACAACUCAUCAAGAUACUCUAAAUCCAGAAGAGGUUUUGAAGAUACGAGAAAUGGGUGAAUUAAAGGUGAAGGAAAUUGUUGAAGAUUGGGUACGGAAUGAGUUGAAUGUGAUGGGUACGAUUAGAGAAAAAACAAUUGAAAAAUUCAUGCUUUUAUUACUUAAUCCAUCCACUUUAGCACCUUUAGCUAUGAAACUCAAAUUAAGAACAGAUGGUGAAACGAAAUCGAAACAAGCUUCUUUACAUGCACCUAUCCGAAUCGUACCAGCUGCAAGUCUAGCCGACAUAGAACUCAGUCAAUUAUUUUAUUAUUUUAUCGGUUCAUUACAUCUUUCAUUACCUAAUCCGUCCAGUAAUUCGAUCAGUUCACCACUCUUGAAGAACUAUUUGAUCGGUUUAUUAAAAACAGGUUUACCACAUACCUCUCUAAGUAAAUUACUGAUCAGAUCUACUGAAUUGAGUGGUCAAUCAGUGAUUGGUAUUAAGAAAGGACAUGCUCGUGCUGAGUUAAGAGUCGCAUCACUUUCGAUUUGGGGAGAGAGAAGGUGUAAGAAAUUAAAGAAAUUGGUGCCUGAUCAGAAAAAUCAUAGGAAUGCAUUGAACCUUAGGAAAGCUGAAUUGUUGAAACAGAGAUGGAAAGAUGAAGAAGAGAAAAUGAUUCAUUGGAGAAGAAGAAUGUUGGAAGUUACAGCAGCUCAUAAAGCAGAUACAGAAGCAGAAAGACUUUCUCGUGAAGAUCAUGCUAAGGAAGUUACCAAAUGGAAAUUAGAAAAGAAAAAGAAUAAGGUGGUAGCAAUUGAAUCCACUCAGUCUGGGUUUUUGUCUAGGUUUAUGGAUUUUUGGCGGAAAUCGAAAUUAACUUGAAAUGCAAAAUUUGAAAUUCGAAAUUGAACUAUAAAUUCAACAUUUAUCAACUUGUUUGAUAAUUUGAUUGAAGCUCUUAGUUAAGGGUAUCACGAUCGUCUGGUAUUUUUCGUAGACGAGAUUACCAAGGAUUGAUGUUCUGGUAGUUUGUGAUAAGGAAAUCAUGAGUUUGAAAAAAAGAGUUUUAGAUAAUUUUGAUUACUUCAAGGUAGACUGAGAAUAAGUUUGUUGAAUUUCAGAUCAAGAGUUUGGAUUCCUAUCUUUUCAUUUCAUCAUGAGCUUAUUUGUUGUGGAGUAAAGGCUUUACUUGUCAAUUUUGGUUUAUGAACUUAUCUUUUGUUUAGAUAGGUUUCUGUUUUUGUUUAUUUGACAGAAAUGUAUAGGUGUCUAAAGAGCAUUGAGUU